UCUCUUUACAGGACUGCCAGCCCGUCUACAGUUAUUCCAGGAAUGCGAUGAACAUGGCUGCCGCGAUGAAGGCGCAGAAAACGGGACUGCUGGAACUUCGAGUGACCGUGGACCGUUGGAUCCGAGUGCUGGCCACGCUCACCGAGGACACGCUGACGGUGAACCCCGGAGAGGGCGCCGAGGAGCCGGCGAAGCCAGCCCCGACCCCCGCCGAGGCGAUCAACGGAGACCCCCCGAACCUCAGCUCGUCCCCGGUACCAGAAACCAUCACCAACGUGAAGAGAACCGUGCGGGUGACCAAGCAAGACGUGGGUGGACUCGGGAUCAGUAUCAAAGGUGGAAAAGAGAACAAGAUGCCCAUCCUCAUCUCGAAGAUAUUUAAGGGCCUGGCAGCUGACCAGACUGAGGCGCUUUAUGUUGGCGAUGCCAUAUUGUCGGUGAAUGGGUUUGACCUCCGGGAGGCCACACAUGAUGAGGCGGUGCAGGCGCUGAAGAAAACAGGAAAGGAGGUCGUCCUUGAAGUGAAGUACAUCAAGGAGAUGUCUGCCUUCUUUAAGAACUCUGGUUCCCCAGCCGCCCUGCCCUGGGAGUCCCCCCCAUCCACACCUCAGAAGGGGGCAGAGCUCUCCCUGCCUGAGGUGAAGGAGCCCCAGAGUGUCCCCCUGAAGAUGUGCCAGGUCUCUCGCAAACAGUGCCCCCCAGACACUGAGAACAGGUAUUUUGAGGUGAUUUCCUCCAACAGAAAGAAGUCAUUGUUCCUGCGGGCAAAAGACCCAGCAAUGGCCCAGUCGUGGUACAACGCCAUCCAGGCCGGAGUUGCCAACCUGUUACCGAAAGUGAAGGAGGAGAUGAAGAGCCUGCAGCAUGGUGUGGACGUCAAACAUCUGGGCUGGAUUACUGAACAGGUGGUGCAGGGCCCGGAGAAAGCAGUCCUGGCUGUGCUGACCGACCGAGACCUGCUGCUGUACCCGGCUCUGCCCGAGACUAGAGACGCCUUCAGCAGCCCAGCCAAGAGUCAUCCGCUCAUCACCACCAGACUGGUCCACUCAGGCCCUGGAAAGACGUCUCCUCUCCUGGACUCGGAGCUGUCCUUUGGCCUGCGCUCAGGCACCAAGCAAGGCGUGGAGACUCAUGUUUUCCGGGUGGACUCUGCCAAAGACCUGUCCACCUGGACUCACCUGCUGGUGGAGGGAUGCCACAGCGCCGCCGAGCUGAUCAAGGAGGUCACAGCAGCCUGCAAUUGGAAUGGAAAGGAGUGCACCCUGGGAGUUCACAUCGAUGAGGGCUUCACUCUCUUCACCGAGGAAAUGGGAGUGAGGAAGAGUGUUCUGCUGCAGCAUCCUUUCGAGCGCUUGAGGAUGUCAUCGGACGACGGCGUUCGCAUGAUGUUCCUGGACUUUGGCGGCCCUGAAGCUGAAAUACAAUUGGACCUCCGUUCUUGCCCGAAGACCAUCGUCUUCAUCAUCCACUCCUUCCUGUCUGCAAAGGUGAAGCGGUUGGGCCUGCUGGCGUGAUGGCCUGGCGUCGCAGUAGGAAUAUUCAAAUGAAACAGACCGUGGCGCUUUAAAAGACAGAAUAUGUUCUGUUCCUUGCCCUUCCUGGUCUGCAGCGAUGUUUCUCUGGACCUUGACUGAACCUGUAGUUGACAGAAGAAGAGUCACGAGUGGUGGCGGGUCAUUGUCUUACUCUUCCACCCCAGAAGUUCUAGUGCCACCUACGCAACGCCACACUCGAGAUUCUGUUUUCACUGGUGGGUUUUUAAGAUUCACUCACGCUGACCGUCAAUGAAAGUAGCUACUGUUUGUCAAAUACAUAAAAAAAACACAUUUUGGCUCCACCACAUGAUGUAGAAAUUAUGUUUUAAACACUUUCAUGAUAUCUAUUUUAGCGUAACAAAAUUAGAUGCACAUAUUUUACUAUAUUUAAUGAAGACUAGCCUCCCUCUUCUUCACGUAUUUAAAUCGAACCCACUCAAGUGUGUUAAGAUAUACUCGUCACUUUCUGACACCAGAUCAGUCGCUCUCAUGGACCUUCAUGCUGAUGAAACAAAGCUCCAUUUUUCAGUCGUUGAACCUCGAGGCCUUUCUCUCCCUUUGUUUGGAAACUAGAACCCGUUUGCUUUGGAACAUAAAAGAUGUAUAUUCUUAUUUAAGCUAAGGUGUGCCUUCCUGGGUUUGUUUGUAUAUAAACAUGUAAUAAACUUUGUUAACUUUUCAAGCGUGUUGUUGCGUUGCUGCAGACAGACCAAAUGUGCAUUGUGCUGACUCAGCACCUCGCCUCCUUUUUUAAAUUAUUUAAGACUUUAAAGGACUGGACUUCAAAAUACAGCUCUCACCAUUGAGAUCGGCUCUAUUUAUGUGCCACAGUGUCUGGUGGGGCCAUGGCGGGGUGAGUAACCUUCACUGGCAACCUUCCUGUCACUGCCCAGUGUCAUGAGAAUCAGAGAACUUUUCACUUCUGCUCAGAUUCGUACAUCAAAGUCACCUUCCUGUUGAUCAGUCCAGACUAGGCACAUGCACAGGUGGACCCCUCGCUGUGCUCAAGCACCAGCCCCUUUCCUUGCAGGAGAGGAGUCCCCCCCCCAAUGUAUUUUGGUAUCUCCGAUUAGAUGUCCUUUAUUUAUCCCUCAAUAGGAAAUUCAACUUCCAGGCAUGUUUUUAACCAGCACUCACAAGCUCCUCCCACCCCUCCUCAUUCAAUGCUCAGCAGCCAAAAACAGCUUCGCACAGCAGCUGACAAACUGGUAAAAACGGUGUUGUCCGGUCUGCAGUUUGUAUCUGAAAUAACCCCACGAGCGCUGUUGAAAACAACGUCGCUACUCAGCCAACAUUACUAAAACCCACCCUCGUGUCUACAGUAUAUAAAACCACAGUAAAAUUUUGUGAAAUUUAAUUUGGAGUGAAACAUCCAACCUUUUAUGAGCGAUUUGAACACUCCUAAAAUAUAUUAUUUAAAGCGCCUUCAUAUUAGAAUCUAUUUCCCAGCCAGAUAAUCUGUGCAGUUUGACCCAUCCACCUCAUCCAGAAUAUCGCUCCGUCCUCUGAAACAUUCCCUGCUUCAUCGCCGCCCGGCCUCAUUGUCAUAUCUCAUGGUCUUUAACAAGCCGGCGCUGUGAGAGUCAUCUUGUCCCAUU